CAAGAUGGCCAACUGACUGAGAUUUUGGCUCGCGGUUUUUCGGCUUCGUUUUUUAUUGAAUUUCGUGAAAAUUAAGUAAAUUCUUUGUGCAAAUUGUGUGUAGAUUUAUUCCACAGAGAUCUAGGAAGAGAUUAAUGUAGUAGAUUUACUGUAUCUUGUAAAAUUCUGUGAGAAAAAUGCAUUAGAAAAUUGCAUAUUAAGGUUUGCCAAUUGCCAUGCAAUGGAGGCCUUUUAAGUUAAGAGGCCACCCCUUAGAAGUUCGCUGUAAUUCGCCAUGAGGUAUUGCGCCCGUUGCUGGGCGACCGGAAAAGGGUGCUGUUUGAUAUAAACAAAUCCAAAUGUGCGUAUUCCACCCAGGAUGAUUCAAAGGUGUCCAGAAAAGUGCUAAAAAAGAUCUCCAAUAAGCAAAAUAAAUAGUGAAAAUUACUAAAAAUCCAGUGAAAAAGUGAAGAGAAUUCUGUGCAGGAAGUGCAGUAGGCUCUGAGAUUUUUAUUUGUCUUUUUUGCCAAGAUUUUUUCUAUCUAUUAUCACUUCAACUCAGGACACUCAGGAAGAUUUUCCACCAUCGGGAACAGUGAAUUUUCUAACGAGAACUUUUUCCAGGAAAAUUCUUCAUUCAGGGUUUUGUGUGGAACACAUAUAGAAUUUUCCGUGUGUCGCCGUCAGAAAUUUGUCUCUCUGUCGGUGAAUUUUUCCCAAUAUAAACCAAAUCGAUCUAACAAAUCAUAACAACAAAACAUCGUAAAAUAAAUAAAAUACUAUGUGCGGGAGUUGGAAAAAAAUAAAUAAAUAAAGUAUAACGUACUGCAAAUUGAGGAUCAUUCGGAAAGUUUACAUGAAUGGUGAAAGACGUGCAGGAAGUUUCUAAAUCACGGAAGUUGCUAAGUUUGAAAUAGGGGACAAUUGGUUGGUGAUUUUUUUUUUUGGUGGAUUGCAUGAAAAGUCUCUUGGGAAAAUUAAUGUGAAUGAGAGAGUGAGAAAUGUUCCCAAAGCAAAAAUCCAUUGAUAAGACCAAUAAAAUGUCGGAAGUUGAUGAAGGAAUAGCCAAGAACUUCGAAAUCAAGAAGAGACUGGGAAAGGGAGCUUAUGGGAUUGUGUGGAAGGCAGUGGAUAAGACGACAACAAAGACAGUGGCUGUGAAGAAGAUUUUUGAUGCUUUUCGCAAUGUCACAGAUGCUCAGAGAACUUUUCGUGAAAUAAUGUUCCUACGCGCUUUUCGCAAUCAUCCCAAUAUCAUUCAACUCUUGAGCAUCCAUCGGGCUGCCAAUCACAUGGACAUUUAUCUCUCUUUUGAGUACAUGGAGAGUGAUCUGCACAAUGUGAUCAAGCGUGGUAAUGUCUUGAGAGACACUCACAAGAGGUACAUCAUGUGCCAGCUCCUGAAUGCCAUUAAGUACAUGCAUUCUGGGAAUGUGAUUCAUCGGGAUCUCAAGCCCAGCAAUAUUCUCGUAGAUAGUCAGUGUCGUUGCAAGAUUGCGGACUUUGGCCUGGCGCGGUCAGUGGCUCCGCGUCAGACAGAAACUGUGGUGGAUGAUGUGGCUGGAGAUCUAAUUUUGACAGAUUAUGUGGCCACGAGAUGGUAUCGAGCUCCGGAGAUUCUCGUGGCCAGCAAGAGGUACACCAAGGGAAUCGAUAUGUGGAGCUUGGGGUGUGUUCUGGGGGAGAUGAUUAGGGGGAAACCACUGUUUCCGGGUUCUAGUACAGUGAAUCAGGUGGAGAGGAUUGUAUCGGCUCUGCCUGAUGUCACUCAGGCAGAUGUGAGGGCAGUUGGAGGGGGCUUUGGGACAGUUUUGCUCAAUUCCACAAGUGCCAAGCAUGGGAAGGAUACAACAAUUGAUGAUCUCCUCCAGGGUGGACCAGAAGAUGGCGUCUCCCUCACCAAGAUGCUCCUGAUUCUUGAUCCUGCCAAGAGACUAACGGCCAAAGAUGCCCUCUCCCACAAAUACGUCGAAAGGUAUCGGAGAACGAUUGAUGAGCUAGAACUCACGAGGAAUAUUGUUCCGCCAUUUCGGGACGAUGUUCAGCUGUCUGUGAGUGAGUAUCGAUCGAAGUUGUAUGAAUUGAUGGCGGGAACAUCGUCAGUGGGGCUCAAGAAUGGGGUCCUGGCGAAUGGGAAGGGCAGGAAUCGAGUACUCAAGCCAAAAAUAGAGGCUGAUGCGAGAAUAGCUUGCAAGAAUGAAGUGAACAAUUGCAGGAGAUUUGAAACGAGGAAGAAGAAUUUUGAGAAUAAAUUGAAGCCAAUUCAGCCGGAAAAGAAGGAUCAGUCGAUGGUGGAGCUCAAUGCGGAGAUGAAUAAGUGUCGCUUCCAGCGAAUUGAUAAUGGUUCGAUUUUGGACAAGAGGCAUUCGCUGGAUUCUCAGCAGAGUGGGAAUUUGCUGGGAGGGCGGAAUGCAAAAGGUGGAGGGGUACAGGUGCGAUCGGAUGUUCCUACAAGGGUUGCCUAUAUUAGCCUGGAAUCUGGGCAAAAUGGCAGUGCUGUCCAUCGUCGGGAAGCAGGAUCUCUGCCUCCAUCGAGAUUUGCUGGGCUCUGUCGACACAAGAGUCUCGACGAGAGUCCAAUUCCUUCCGAAGGAAGUGGCCCAAAGUGGUCUCAUAACCUCACAAAUGGCAAUUCUCUUUCGCACGAAUACUACGAUUCCCGCCUGAAGUCCCUCGAGGAGAAGAUUCGCAAGCAUAAACUCGAAAUGUCCAGCAUCAUGAGUCAGAGUCACAAAAUGAAGAUGGAAAAACUGGAUGGAGUACCCAAGGCCAAUGGUACGAUGGCCAACUUGGCUCCGGUUCGAAGGAGAAAACCGGCAAAACUCGAUGGACUUCCGGCAACCAAACCCACCACAAAUCGCGAUCGUAAAAUGGACUUCUACGGCGCUGGGGAUUGUUUCCUCAGUAGCAGCCCCAAAAAUGUCCUCAGCAACUGCGGUGUCAUCUCCACCAGGGAUUCCUACAAGUAUCAGUGAAAUGGGCAGGAGUGCAAAACGGUAUGAAUAUAUUUAUAUCUAUUUUUCUACAAUAAAAUCAUGUACAUAUUCAACAUGAAA